GUGUGUGUCUGCUUGCCUCACACUCAGUAUUUUUGCUACUUGUGCAUAUUUAAAGUAUGUUAGUUCGGCGGAUUCAUGUAUGUUGUAGCUUUGCAUUGCAAGCCUGUUGUCUUGUGUGUGUGUGUGUGCGCGUGAACACUGCAGGCCUGUCAGGCUUCUGUAAGGACGGCGGCUGUCAUCAGGUUCCUAUCAGGGCUAUUUUGAGUGGCCACAUUUGGGCUUCUCAGAAGUGCAGGGUCAUGGUAAAGAUAUAGUUUUACUUAAAAGGUGCACACACAUCAUACACAUGCAGCAGUGUUCUAGUGGGUGUUAGUGUGUCAGCUUAACAUCUAGUUAGGCCUGCAUGUCCUCUUACUUUGAGAAGACAUCAGCUUAAGCACUGCUAGACACUGUUGUGUUCCUGUCAGGUUUUUUGUUGGUUUAUGUUGACUGGUUGGUUGUUAGGCCUUUCUAGAUUAUAGUAAGGUCUAUGAGCAUGCCAGCGCAUGACAAAUUGUGAAAAUGAAGAACUUGCUCAACCAAAUCUAGUCUGUAUUUUGUGAUGACUUUAUGUGGUUUCCACAAUUCCCCAGCAUCACAAUAAUCACCAAGUGUUUGCUGGUGAUCAGUUUUCACAGCUAAUGCUGAUACAUGAUACGAGGACAGCGGGAGCUCACAAGAAGGGCAGAGAUACAUUGCUAAACAUACUACGGUCUGCAGUGUAGUCAGCUGUUAAAAAAUAAUGUCUUGGUCCAGAGUCUAUUAUAUUUUUAUCCUGUCUUCUGUCCCAACAUUUAUGUGUAUUUGUUUUCACUGGGAUUACCCCAGUUAAAAAUGGGUCCCCCCAGAGCAUGAUAAGGUACUUUUUCAUUAUAACUUUCAUCAAAAGGAAUAUGGCAUGUUGACUGUUUUUUUUUGUUGUUGUUGUUUGACCUUGAAGGUUAAUUUAAGAAUGAAAAGCCUUAACAUGCAACCCCAAGUAAAUCACAAAGCCCUCAUCAGCACCGGAUGGCACUGAUAACAAGCAGCAUGAUUAGCUGGUCUGCUGAAAGCCAAACCAAAAAGUCACAUCACCUAAUUAGCCUACUUUCAGCCUUUAGAUUAUAAAGAUGAAAAAAGAGAGAAAUGACAGGAAGGGGGGGGUUGUUUGACAGGGUUGUUUGACAGAGAGGCAGGAUGUGUUGACUGACAGCCUUAUCACUUUGCUUUAAGGCUGAGCAAUUAAUCAUGUCUGUCACAUGACACUUUGAUUGCUAAAUGCAGCGGAAAGGAAAUAUAAGUUUAAUUUGCACGGGUAAUGCUUGUCUCACUUGUCAUAUUAUGAAGGUUCUUCAUCUUGGGAGUAAAAAUGAACUUAGCACCGAUCGAUUGAUUUGUGGGUGGCUGUCACCACUCCUGUUCAGCUUGAUGAUACCAUCAUGUCGUCCUUUGUGAGGCACAGUCAUACUCUCAUCGCUCCCCCCCCUGUCAUGGGUUGCUUAUUCAGAAGAAGUUGUGACACAGGAGUGAGCCAUAGUGUACACAUAGUCAUUAGAUACACACACACACACACACACACACACACACACACACAAAAACACACAGUGUGAACCUGUAAAACACUAAACCACACUAGCAAAGAGUAACACCAUUAUUUUCUGUAUACAGUGUUUUAUGUAAAGUGGAAUCUCUAGGUUUGCUUGUGUCUGUCGUCUUGGACUCCUUCUGACUCUGAAAGCGUACACCUUGACAUCGGCCUCUGGCUAUACGAGUUCCCUCAGUCAACCGGCUGAUGUUUGACUGCGUUGUAAUUGUGAACUCAGUGGCCUGCGGCUGCUGCAUCUUCACCCAGUCAGAAUCAUGUGAUUGCUGGAAUGCAGAAGUCCUGAAUGCAGCGUAGCCAGCAGAGAGACCAGCAGGUAUGCAGGUAGUCAGGUGCUUUGGGCCAGCUCUUUUGAGGGAGUUUCCGCUGAUGAGAGUUUAGUCGGAGCAAAACAUGAUCAGGUCAAGAAAGUGCAGUGCUUGUGUGGGUGUGGCGAAGCAUAUGCUGGCUUGUGUUUCACCCUCUACAAACAGGGACUUGGCCACUCCAGCAGCAAAUGAGUGUUCUCUCUCUGAGGCUGUAUCAGCCUGUAGCAUUUCACAUCUGCACCACUCUCUACAUGGGAGGUUUCACAUUUAUCAACCAGGCAGACCUUGGGAAGUAAUAGUCCGUUGUGAGAAUGUACGUGCAGAAGGUUCCCCUAUAAGAGUAGAGAUAACUGAAAGAUUAGAUGGUGAUUGCUGAUCUCCCGUGUAGCUCUAGUGAUGCAUACCCAGUAGUAGUCAUGCACUUCUGUCAUGGGAACAUAGCAUGACUACACAGAAAACGCUACAGCUUGUAGACAACAGUGCUGAUACUCAGACAUGUCUAUUAAUUGAAUGCAUUGGACUUGCGAUACAUGCAGAGACUGAUGUGAAGCAUGUAACUAAAUACACAGAUGCCAGCGUCGUGGUCAGUUUCGCAGUGUUGCAGUGCAGGGUCCCUUUCCAACAGGUCACCUCGGCUGUCAUCACCUUCAGAGCAGAUUCCCUUAAUGGAAAACUAGCCUUGCUUGAUCCAGACUGUAAUGUGAUGGUGAUGCACUGAUAUCGAUGUAGUCUUUUAGAUGACAGGUGUACAGAAAAACGGCAUGAAAUUGUCCAUAACAAUACUGUGUCUUGGUUUGAGGACAAGCUGCUGAAACGUCUGUCACACAUGGCCGGAAAAACGUCACACAGCUUGGACUGAGGGGAUAUUUAUGUAACUGUCUCUGUGUCUCCGACAAACACGAACACACACACCCACACACACACACACGCACACACACGACAUGCACAGAUGUCCCAGUGGCAGUGGAGAGAGAGAGCGAGGGCUCUUUGAGGUCAGUAAGUAGGCUGAUGUUAGACUGACUGCAGACAGGGAAACUUGACUGCUUUGCUGUGACCUUUAUCAGUACACACUUUAGACAGGAACAGCUAUGGGUGCUUUUGCUCCACUGUGACAGACUUUAUAUCACUGCCAGAUAUUUAGGUUAUUCAUUGAGCCUGGACAGAUUAAACUUGUAUCAUUAAUGACACCUAUGCCUUUACCUUGGAGUACAGGGUAUUGGAAAGGGGAGGGUUUCAGCCACCAUCUCGUUGGCAUUAAUUUGUAAAAAUGAGUGAAAAUGCCACUUAUGCGUCACAUUUGAAACAUCUUUCACUUCAGUGGUAUAAUCAUUUGACGCAGCAGUAGAAAACCCUUAUCUCUUAACCACAGUCAGAGAGCAGGAACUCGUAGUCGAUCUGUGAUGGUAAAAGUUUCAGUUCUCCCUUCUCCUCACUUUCUUGCUAUUGCUGCAGACUUCAAUAAGCAGUGACAAACCUGACCACUAUCCGCUAUCCACGAAGAAGAAUUAAAAGAGUCACUUACAAGAGUCUGGUUUCUUUAAGCUAUUUGUUUCCCUGCUCUUUCUUCAAAGGCUUAUUUAAAUUUACUGGAGAAGAAAAGAUGGAAAGAAGGCGAGAGGGAGCACAAUGGAGAGAGGGAAAAAAAAAAAGAAUGGGAUUAAGAAACAACACACAAACAAAUCCCCGCCGUCACUCUGUUAUCACUGGCGCUUUCUGGCAGUCAGCGGUCCGGGCUCGCUGCUGUUGCUGCCUCUGUACUGUCCAGCACACACAGUGCUCCUGCGAUCACCUGACAGUCUCAUGUUGUUGUGUGAAUUUAGUUCACUGCUAUUCUUAGACCCUGCUUUGGCUGAGAGAGGAGAGGAGAGGAGAGGAGAGAAGACAGAGGAAUAGAAAGAGAGGGAGAGGGCUGGGGAAAUACUGGCAGUCUCGCAAUGAUGCCCAGCUGGCCAAUCCCCCAGCUGGAGCCCAGUCAGAUCAGGCUGAUAGUCUACCAGGACUGCGAGAGGCGCGGCAGAAAUGUCCUCUUCGACUCCAAUGCCAAGAAGAGGGGCACGGAGGAAACUCCCAUCGCUAGCGCUGAGGGACAGGUGAAGGUGUUCGCGAAGUGCUGCCAGCUCCGUCCUACAGGAGGCAGCAGCAGUUCCCUGGACAGCUCCUCCUCCUGCACCUCCGAGACCAAGGAAACCAAGGAGCAGGGCCUGCGCUUCCAGGGUUCGAGGUGUUCAUCCGACGUUGUAAUGCUGGGGGAAAUGAUGUUUGGCUCCGUAGCUAUGAGCUACAAAGGUUCAACGCUAAAAAUCCACCAGAUCAGAUCGCCGCCUCAGCUGAUGCUGAGUAAGGUCUUCACCGCCAGGACGGGAAGCAGCGUGUACGGCAGCCUCAACACGUUACAGGACAGCCUGGAGUUCAUUGGACAGGACAGCAACACCCUAAGGCCUGAUCAAAACACUGGGGCCAACAGUCUCUUAGGGAACAUAGGAUUUUCUCAGCUCUGCAGCCCUCGACGGGCCUUCUCUGAACAGGGCCCUCUGCGCCUCAUCAAGAGCGCAUCUUUCUUUUCAGGCCACAGUCACCCCAUGGACAUGCCUGGUCGAGGGCUUUACGACGAGAGGGACAGCGGCAUCGCCAGGUCAGCUUCUCUGAGCAGCCUGUUGAUCACUCCCUUCCCGUCUCCUGGCUCCUCCCUGACCAGCAGCUGUGCUUCCAGCUACCAGCGCCGAUGGCUCCGCAGCCAAACUACCAGCCUGGAAAACGGCGUCUUCCCCCGAUGGUCAGUGGAGGAGAGCUUCAACAUGUCUGACGAAAGCGGCGGACCAAACCUUAGUGUGGCCCGGAAGAAGAAGAUUGCGAUCGGGGUCAUCUUCAUGCUGUCUCCCAACCCUGAGGAGAACAGUCGCUUCCAGGAUUUCUUCUUCUCCCACUUUCCACUCUUUGAAAGCCACAUGAACAAACUCAAGAGCGCCAUUGAACAGGCCAUGAAGAUGAGUCGGCGGUCAGCUGAUGCCAGCCAGAGGGCCUUGGCUUACAGCCGAAUGGUGGACGGCCUCAACGAGUUCAGGAUGACCAUCUGCGACCUGUACACCAUGCCCCGCGUGGCUGAGCCCGUCUGGUUGACCAUGAUGUCUGGAGCUUCGGAGAAGAACCAGCUCUGCGGUCACUUCAUGAGGGAGCUCUCCCUGCUGAUGGAGCAGGCCUCCAAGAACCAAUUCCUCCCCGCGUUAUUGACGGCCGUCCUUACCAAUCAUCUGGCCUGGGUGCCCACUGUCAUGCCCAAUGGGCAGCCCCCAAUCAAGAUCUUCCUCGAGAAACACUCCUCCAAGAGCGUCGAUAUGCUGGCAAAGACGCACCCUUACAACCCACUCUGGGCACAGCUAGGUGACCUGUACGGCUCCAUUGGGUCACCAGUACGGCUGUCGAGGACAGUGGUAGUCGGUCGCAGACAGGAACUGGUCCAGAGACUACUCUACGUCCUCACCUACUUCAUUCGCUGCUCCGAGCUGCUGGAGACCCACAUGCUGGACAGUGCUGAGGAUGAGGCCAUUGUGAUGCCAGGCUCCCUCAUCACCACCUCUCUAAGGAAAGGAGAGGUGGAGGAGUCGGACUAUGUGCUGGUUACCGUCCAUAAGCCCAGCGGGGACUAUUUGUCCCAAGGCGCCCAGAGCCAACAGAUCGAGGCAGAGGACAGCAGCUACCGUUCAGACAACAGCCUCCAGAGCAGCACCUACACAGACACUGAGGUGGAGCAUGGCACCGUGGACACACCCAAGGAGGAAGAUGAGGAUGAGGAAGACGAGGAGGACAGCAGUGAAAGUCAAGGGUCAAGGAGCAGCGUGCUUCAGACGGAGCACAGCCAAUGUAACAACCCCAUUAUCAGAACUACAGAAGCAGCUGAACCAGGGGAGCUGCACAGAGAGUCAAGCAGCCCACUGGCCUCAGAGGCCAGACUGGAGACGGUGCUGCGUGUCGGCUCGGCCUCCCCCGGGGAGCAGCUCUGUGUGCUGAAUACAGAGACCAAUAGUGAACUGAAACUUAUUGUCCCAUCCCUAUCCGCAACCACCAGUCCACCCCCAACUCCUGUCACCACAGAGGGUAAAAACCCUGGGGCAGAGCCUGGGAUGGAUGCAGGCAUGGGGAACCAACCUACCAGAGUGCUUGCUUCUCGGCCUUUGGGCAUGUCUUUAGAGAAGAAGCCCCCAGAUAAGAGUGUGGCUGCUGCAGUGCCAGUGCCAGUGAUGGUAGGAAACGCAGUGACGGGGUCCAUGGCUUUGACUCUAUCAGAGGAGGACGAGCCGACAACAAAAGUCACUUUCCUCAUUGGAGACUCCAUGUCUCCUGAGUCGGACACAGAGAGCCGCAGAAAGAAGGUGGAGGAGGAAAUCAAAAGGCACAAGAAACACCUCAAAGAUCAUCUGCUGCAACAGCAGCAGCUUCAUCAAGGGCAGUGUUAUCAACAGCAACCGCAGCAGCUGCAGAGAGGAACGGAUUCAGUGACCAGCAGCAAUUGUGCACCAGAGGACCAAACCAAACAGACCAAGGCGGCUCCAGUCCUGCAGCGGGUAUCCAGUAAGAUGCCCCAGUGGAGCCCAAACUGUAUGGACGAUUUUGAUGAGUAUUUCAGCCUGGAGAACCCUGUGGAGACUAGGACUAUAGACUAUGUGGCCAAACGACAGGAGCCAGGCACCACAGACAGUAUGCUCAAAGACUUGUUGGACCCCUCGGGAGUGUCUCGGCCUGGUGACCCUGGGGGUCACAGAUGUCAGGGGGCAGGCAUCAGUCAGGGUUUGGGACUCUGUUUAGGUUCAGGUAAUGCAGAGGUAGUGUGCAGCAGGAAGGAGGCGUUGGAUGUCCAGAGGAGGUGCAGGUGUGGGUCUACAGAUUCAUCCGAUAACUGCUGCUGCAGGGGCUGUUCUGCUGAGCAGGACAAGGCCCUGCUGUUGUCAAUCCCCGUCCCGCACGAUGUAAGCAGUAACAGCAAAGUGGACCAAAAACACAAAGCAGUGCCCUUAAAUGACUGGGAGAUACCACGCAACGAGAGCUCAGACAGCGCGCUGGGGGACAGUGAGAGCGAGGAGACGGAGGACUGGCAGGAGGAAGUGCUGGUGGCCUUCCCAGGGUCAAAGUUGGUGGAGAACUACUCGAAGCCAACCAUCGCCAAUUUUGGCCGGUCUCUGUUUGGAGGCUACUGCCCCACCUACGUGCCAGACUUUGUACUGCACGGGAUGCCCAGCGACGAAAAACUCCGGCAGAGCCUCAUGUCCGAAUUAACCCACGCUGUUCAGCAUCCAGUUUUGGAUGAGCCCAUAGCAGAGGCUGUCUGCAUUAUAGCAGACACAGACAAGUGGACGGUGCAGGUGGCCAGCAGUCAGAGACGAGCCACAGAUGUCAACAAGCUGGGGAAGGAAGUCCUGGUGUCCAGCCUGGUGUCCAGCUUAUUACAGUCCACUCACCAGCUCUACAAACUCAACCUCUCGCCCAACUUUUGUAUAAUGCACCUUGAGGACCGCCUGCAGGAAAUCUACUUUAAGAGUAAGAUGCUUGCUGAGUACUUGAAGGGCCAGACAAGAGUCCAUGUGAAAGAACUGGGCAUGGUCUUAGGAAUCGAGUCCAGCGACCUUCCCCUGUUGGCCGCAGUGGCCAGCACUCACUCCCCCUAUGUGGCCCAGAUCCUGCUAUGAGACUGUAAUGGCACAGAGGUCCCAAGCAAGCGAUCUGCCUGAGGAAACCAGUCAGACCUUGGUGGCGCCACUCUGGCCCCAUAAACGCCCGUCCAUGCUCCGCAGCUGACGCCCCUCCCCUGACAUGGUUCCCUGACCCGUAUGCCCAGGCUAAGUGGGAUGUUUUCUCUGAGGCAGCACCUCCCGUCGUCACCACUGCUGCUGAAUUUGUUGCAAUGGCGAUAUUGCACCACAGGGGGGGACUAGAGUCCCACAGAUGCAGCAAGGCUCUGCAGGCGACUGAAGAAUCAAUGACCUUCUCCUGUCGUUUGAAUGUUUCCUUUUAAAACAUGACUCUUUUAUUUUUGGACACAAAAGCCAAAGACUUUAUUAAUUUUUCCAGUUGAGAAUGAAACAUUAAGAUAUCUACAAUAUAACAGCAAUGGAUUUUGUUUCUUCUUAGUGCUUUUUUUUUUUUUCUAUACAAUCUUAAACCCGGUCGUACGAAGUGACGGACUACAAUUUUAAAAGGAAACAGAUGGACAUUUUUAAGUAUUACUUUGAGGUAAAUAUCACUGAGAACAGUAUCAAUCUCAUGCCAAUAAUGUCAUUUUGUUUAUCUUCAUGUAUUUGUUUACAAGCCAAAUUUCCCAGAGAUAUCUAUAAAUGACAACUUUUUUUUUCAUUUUUAAUUUUUUUUCUUUUUGUUUUUUUUUUGCAAAUUGUAACGCACACCUGACUUAAAAAGCCUACUUUCUGGCCACGUGGGGGUAAUCGAUGCUCUCUGUGAUUUUUUUUUUUUUUUUUUUUGGUUUUACGUACUGGUUUAUAAAUGGCUAAACGUGGCUUUGACAUUCUUAUCAUAGGCACAGCACUACCUCAGAUCUUCGUAUGGGCAGUAGAUGACGUUCACAUUUACACUCACCCCAUAGAAAACCCUGAGGUAUACUUUGUAAGCUAUUUUAAUCAGAGGAAUGUCAGUGUCAACUGUGUGCAGACUCUAUGCUGUGUUCUUUAAAAAAAAAAAAGAAAAAAAAAAGGGAAGGUCGUUAAUUUUUUCAGGAUGAUCGUUACACAUAAAAAUGAAAGGAAAAAUUUUUUUUUUUUUGCUUCAGAAUGUGACUUAGGAGGAGAAAGGGUCCCUUUUUACUGUGGAAAAGCUCAAAUGUGCAUCAUCUGCGUAUAUUUUCAAAACAGAAUGCUGAAAUAUUUUCACACUUUUAUAGCUUCCCCACGUUUAUAUGAUGUUUACGGCUUCGAUGUUUGCUGCAGAGAGAGACGAGUAGAGGAGCACGCAGUAGGCCUUACAGUAGAUUCAAAUGUGCAUCAGUUAACACUAUUUUCAGACAUGUUUCUGUGGAAAUUAUACUAAUGAAAACACACAAAAUACAAAACUAUAGUAGCACCAUUUUUUUUUCUCUCUUUCAUAUUUUUAUUGAUUUUCCAUGACAUGAACAGACAAAUUGCUUUUGGUUGCUUUCUCAUAUAACCAGGGUGCGAUUUGCAGCGCGUGAAAGGGAGCUUGAGUUGCUUCCACAGCUUCAGUUUUUGGAUUCUGUCCUGGGCUUCAGCAGGGACAGUCGGGACGUAAUUUGAUUGUUCUCGUGAUUAUCAGUUGACAGCGUUGGAAAUUAAUCUGUAUUUUCUUUCAGUUUGAGUGUACAUGAAAUAGGGUUAGCUAAAAAAACAAAAAAAUAUUCUCCUUCGACUGACUGCAUUAUGUAGAAUGACCACAGUCAAAAGCAGAUAGGAACUUCUGUGUUUUGAAUGUACACGCACAUCCAUGCAGUACUUAACAACAGUACUGUGCUUUUAGCCCAGCAAAUUUGCCUUGAUGGCAAAAGAAAUGCGGGCAAAGGGACAAAGUUUGAUUCAGCCAGCGGCCAGCUCAAUAACAACUCACCAGGGUGGUUUCUGGAAAGUAAUUUGCCCGAAUGCCUAAAGAUCUUAAAGAUUGGAACACGUCUCAGGCCUCUCAAACACUGUGUGUAACAGAGCUUGUUGUUGUGCUUUAGGAAAUAUGUUGAACUUUACAGUGAGAGUGACUCGCAUUGUGAGAAAAACUGUACCCCGCCCCCAACCCCCAACCAGAACAAUGUUUAUUUCUUUCUGUAUACUCAAAUCGCACCCUGUAUAUGAUCCAAGUCUUAAUGGAGAGCAUGAAUGCAUCACAGAGUUCUGGAGAGCUCAUUUUGCUGGUAAAAUUGAUGUAUAAAUAUAUAUAUAUAUACAUAUAUAUAUAUAUAUAGAGAGAGAGAGAGAGAUGUAUCUUUCUAUAUAUAUGCAUACUUGUUACUGUAUUAAAGAUGCUCCGCUGUAUCAGCCUACAUUUUGUACAAGCCAGCCAUUAUGUUGAAAAGGUAUGAAUUUAUAUCUGCUUUUCCCUCUUUGUAUAUAAAUAAAUUAUUUAGUUGCCCACGGUAUGUGUAACGGUUCACAUAAACUGUACAUACUCAGUUUAUUUCCAUGUAUUUGUACAGAAUGUCUUUUAAGAAUUGUCUCCUCAAAUUAUUUUUUUUUUCCCAAUUUUAUGGGAAUGUUGUGCAAUAAAGAUGCCGACCUUAAGAAUU